AUGGAGGACUUGGAAAGAGAAAGAGAAAUCAAAGAUCGCUUGAUAGACCACAUGCAGAAAAAUAACAUAAAGCAGGUUGAUGUUGCAAAGGAGACAGGUAUCCAUCACUCGACCCUCUCUCUCUGGCUUCAAGGGAAAGUUAAAGGCCAUAUGGUGAAGGUUGGGGAAACAAUUGAAAAUUACCUUGAUUCCUAUGGAAUGCAGAAACAAAGCCGCAUGAAUACCUGGGGAUUCCAGCAAAUGAUCAGAAAUAAGGAAGAAGUUAUUGGCUUUAGCGGUGAGCGUAAAUCUCUUGAUGAAAUUGAUGAUAACAAUGGCUUUGGCACCCUUGUUCCCAUCAAACUAGAUUUUGAAGCUGAAGGAAAGAGAAAGGAGCUCUUUAUGGUUGACAAAAAUGAACCAUUCAUCACACAAGAAAGCUUUGUAAAGACUAUUAAUGAGGAUAAUUCCAUCAGCCAACAACAGGAGGAUCAGAUGAUUAGUUCUCUUAAGAGACAAAUAAACUCUUACAAAGUCUAUAAGCCUAUAGAAGGAGAAUUCUUAAGAAAGAUUAAACUAAAUUUCAGAAUUGGGAAUAAAAUAAUCACAGAUCAGUUUGAAUGGGAUAUCAAUAAUCCUGACAAUAGUCCUGAAGACUUUGCAGAGGUGAUAUGCACAGAUAUGGGACUCAGUCCUGAGUAUAUUCUUCCAGCUGCUCACUCUAUAAGACAACAAAUAUUCGAACAUCAGAAGGUCUUGCACACAGACAAAAGAAGCCACUAUGUUAGAAAUUUGCUCUAUAACGAAGAAGAUGACUCAAUGGAAGGUUCUAAAAUUAGGCUUUGUGAUGCUCCUCUAGUAGUAGAAAAUGGCUCUCAAGGUCGUUCAAAUGAAACGAAGACAGCCCAAUGGAACCCAGCAGUGCAGCAUAUCCCUGAAAGUGAGGUUGCCAAGUAUGAGAAGCAAGAAGAGAGAAAAGCCAGGUACGAAAAGCGUAAAAGCAAUUUGAUUUUCAAUAACUAA